AUGCUGCUCCCGGACGACCCCUCCGAGAACAUAUUGAUGCUCGCCACGGGCACGGGCAUCGCUCCGUUCCGCUCGUUCCUGCGGUACCUUUUCCACGACAAGGCCACGAAGGGCAAGUUCCAGGGUAUCGCGUGGCUCUUCCUCGGCGUCCCGUUCACCAAGUCCCUCCUGUACGACGCCGAGUGGAAGGAGAUGCAGGCCGAUUUCCCCGGGCAGUUCCGCUACGACUACGCCAUCUCCGACGAGAUGAAGCGCCCCGACGGCGGCCCCAUGUACGUGCAGCACAAGGUCCAACAGCACGUGGAGGACAUCUGGCCCAUGGUCAAGAGCGGCAAGACGCACGUCUACAUGUGUGGCCUGAAGGGCAUGGCCACCGGCCUCGAGGAGGCUUUCGGCCCAUGCUGCGAGAAGGACGGUAUCGACGUCAAGGACUUCCUGAAGCAGCUGAAGAAGGAUGGGAAGUAUCACGUCGAGGUGUACUGA